AUGAAGUUCCAGUCUCUGGUCCCCUUCGUCGUCCUGGCGGUCGGCCUGAGCGCCCACGCUGCACCUACGUCGUUCAACUCCGCUUCGAGCAACAGCCUCAUGGCACGUAAUCCUAAACCCUUCCAAGGUCUCUCCAUUUUCAUUCGAGGCGGCGGUCAUGAGGGUGACGACGACAAGAAGUGGAGCCACGGCGGAGGAGAGGAGGGUGGUGACGACAAGGGUGGCGACGACAAGGGUGGCGACGACAAGGGUGGCGACGACAAGGGUGGUGAUGAGGAAGGAGACGAGGGAGAGGAAGGAGGCGACGACGAGGGUGAUGAAGGAGAAGGCGGUGAAGAGAAGGGCGUAGGCGGCAAGAAGCGUGGCGGUAAGAAGGGCGGCCACGGCGGUGGUGACGACAAGAAAGGUGGCGACGAGGGUGAUGACGACGAGGGCGGCAAAGGUGGUAAGGGUGGCAAGGGAGGCGAAGGUGAUGACGAGGGCGACGAUGAGGGUGACGACGAGGGUGGCAAGGGCGGCAAAGGUGGUAAGGGAGGCGAAGGAGGCGAAGGCGACGACGAGGGUGAUGACGAGGGUGGUAAGGGUGGUAAGGGUGGGAAGGGAGGCGAGGGUGAUGAUGAGGGUGACAACGGUGGCAAGGGUGGCAAGGGAGGUGAAGGCGACGAUGAGGAUGACGACGAGGGCGGCAAAGGUGGUAAGGGUGGCAAGGGAGGCGAAGGUGAUGACGAGGGCGACGAUGAGGGUGACGACGAGGGUGGCAAGGGCGGCAAAGGUGGUAAGGGAGGCGAAGGAGGCGAAGGCGACGACGAGGGUGAUGACGAGGGUGGUAAGGGUGGUAAGGGUGGGAAGGGAGGCGAGGGUGAUGAUGAGGGUGACAACGGUGGCAAGGGUGGCAAGGGAGGUGAAGGCAACGAUGAGGAUGACGACGAGGGCGGCAAGGGCGGCAAGGGCGGCAAGGGCGGCAAGGGUGGCAAGGGUGGCAAGGGAGGUGAAGGCGACGAUGAGGGUGACGACGAGGGCAGCAAGGGAGGCGAGGGCGAUGACGAGGGUGACAAGGGUGGCAAGGGAGGUGAAGGUGACGAUGAGGGUGACGACGAGGGCGGCAAGGGCGGCAAGGGUGGCAAGGGAGGUGAAGGCGACGAUGAGGGUGACGACGAGGGCGGCAAGGGUGGCAAGGGAGGCGAGGGCGAUGACGAGGGUGAUAAGGGUGGCAAGGGAGGUGAAGGUGACGACGAGGGCGAUGAUGACGAGGGUGGCAAGGAUGGCGAAAGCGAUCACGGCGAGAAGGGUGGCCACGGACAAGGAGGCCAUGGCGGUCACAAGGGUCACGGUCACGGUCACGGAGGCGGCAGGAAGGGCGGCUGGGGUCACCACGGCUACUAG